ACCACAUCCCGACAUUUCAGCCUCAUCCCCUCCCAUCACAGGGCAGAAAUUUCCAAAUCAUCCACCUCUCUGCUACGCGUGUGACGGAAGCGGCCAUGGCGUCGGCAGCGGCGGGGAAGGGGAAGUCCCCAGCGGACGCGGCGGAGUCGUCGGCGGCGAGCACGGCGCGGCUGGCGCGCGAGUGGAGCACUUGGGCGAUGAAGAAGGCGAAGGUGGUCGCCCACUACGGCUUCAUCCCCCUUGUCGUCCUCGUCGGCAUGAGGUCUGAGCCCCGGCCCAGCCUCGCCCAGCUCCUCUCCCCCGUGUAGCGCUGUUCCUCCGCGAGGAUGCGCGCGUUUCGGGGCCAAUUCAAUUCUGUAUUUUGCUCAUCACUUUGUAAUUCCGGUUCCGUUCUUCGGUCUGUUCUGAUUUUGGGUGUCCUCGAUUGGCAUUCAUUGUCCACGACUCCACGAAAGCAUACGGGCGAAUGUAUCAGUUGCGGGAAUAAAGGAUUAUGCAUCUCUAUGUUCUAA